CGUGACGUAGGAGGGAGCUGUGAGGGAUGAACAACAACCACGUGAGUCCACGGCGCGCAUCCUUGAGGAGCGGACAGCCGCUCCGGCAUUAAGACGGAGAGACAGAGAGAGUGAGAGAGAAAGAGAGAGAGAGGAAUGGAAUUUGUGGUAUAUUCCAUGACAGUACCAUGAGUGACAUUCCUGAAAACUUUGAGCCCAAAAAUCUCCUUGUGGAAGGCGUGCGGACAGGCCGUAUGGGAUGGGUGGAAGCCGCCCUCGCUUCCGGAGCCACCACAGACAUUCAGCUGGCUCAAGAUGAUAUUACAACGCCAAAUGGCUCUCUCCUGGCUCUGGCAGCGGCCCAGGGUCAUGAUCAUCUGGUACCCUUCCUCCUUGGUGCUGGAGUUGAUGUGGAUGACGGCAGAGGGUUAGGGUACACACCUCUUCAAGUGGCGGUGCAUAAGGGUCACGAUAGAGUGGUUGACGCUCUCAUGAAGGCACAGCCGAAACGUCCAAAUGUCAAUGCUCAAGAUAUAGAUGGUGUUAGCACGCUUCACAUCGCCGCCCGGAAGGACAGGGUAUACUGCGCCAAGGUUCUAAUAGACGCGGGGGCAGAUAUAAAUGUCCGGGACAAAAGCUUGAGAACUCCUCUACACGUCUCAGUUUAUGCCAAUUCCACGAGUAUCAUGAGGCUUCUUCUGGAUGCUGGGUGUGAUGAAAAUGCCAUCAACGAUAAAGGCUUAUCAGUGCUCCAUGUCGCGGCACUCUGCGGAAACGAGAUAGCGGUCCAAGAACUACGCAUGGCAGGAAUUCAGGCGGAUGGGAAGGAUACCAUGGGACUCACGCCGGAGGAUAUAGCAGAUACCUGGGGAAGUCAUGGUACCGCCUGGCUCCUCCGUAAGAUGCCCAAAGCAACAAUUACCACCAACACUAUAGAUAAUCCUUCUUGCUCUGAUAUUAUGAUGCGAAGGAGUUGGGACGAAUACGAAAUUGAAGGAAAGAAGACAUUCACGUGGAUGAGGCCAGGUUUAGCGUACCUACUAGAGGCCAAUACUCCGGUAAACCGCGACCCUCACUACCAAGACGAAGCAGGUUUAACGCCGAUCCAUCGGGCGGCCGAGCUUGGUUUAACUCAAAUGGUUAGGGCUCUCUCCAAAUCCACCUGUUCUUAUGCUGGAGCCAUAACCUAUGCAGGUGACACACCUGCCCAACUAGCAGAAAGGGCCGGUCACACUUUGCUGGCCCAAGAAUUAUCGGCAAUGGCAUCGGUGAAGGAUGAUCGUUCGCCAAUUGAGCUUUACUGGAAACUUCUCAUCACCAUCAGCGUCAGCGACGACGUAGGGGAGGCAGGGAAGCUGUUGUCCUCAGGAGCACCGCUGCAGGCUACCAAAGACCUCCGCACUGACGCCAUGGUCCUUGCCAUCACCUGUAACAGGCCUCGCAUUGUGACCCUCUUGGCGGCAGCAGGGGCGCCUCUCACCACAAUUAGUGGAGGCCUUUCUUUGCUGCAGGUUGCCUGGCUUACCCCUGACGUCACUACACGCGUCAGGGUCCUCAUCACAAGAAUUUUCCUGAACGUCCUGAAGGUUGAGCAGGAUCGUGUACGACCACAAGACUCGCUGCUGCAUAGUGGCAUGGAUUACCUGUUGGAUGGUCUCAGGAGCGAUGCGCCGGUCAAGACUGCCUGGCCUUUCCGAGACAAAGUUUAUAGUGACUUGACGAACCUCCUGGUGGCCGCCGCCCGCAACAACUGUCCCCUCACCGCCACUUUCCUCAAACUAUGUGGUGGAAUGGCCUUUAAGCAGAACGACCAAGGGACGACUCCUCUGCACGCCGCGCUGGAGGCCAACCACUUAGGGAUGGCAAGGGUGAUGGUGCGAGACUUAGGCGCGUGUCCGUAUGUGGCCGACUCCCAAGGGAAUCUUCCGCUUGACCUCCUUCAGCCGGAAAUGAAGAAGCAGGUGGAGGAGGAAAUUUAUGAACAAGAGAGGCACAAGAUCGAGAACUAUCAAGAAAAAGAAAAAGAUCAGGAAGACAAGAAUACUUAUCAAGACGUUUUGGAGGUGCUGGAGACUUUGUUUGCCAAACACGUUGGUUUAUCCGAAGACACUCCACCUGAGCCCCUGCUGACCCAAACCCUUUUAGUGGCCAGUCGUCGCGGCAUGCAUCUGCUGACCUAUUUGGUAAUCAAAGUGGGCGGAUUGUCCAUCAACACUGUGGUGGAUCCAAUGCAAGACUCCACUGCUUUACAUCAGGCGGCAUCCCACGGGCACUCGGUGUGUGUGGCACUCUUGUUGAGUCUGGGGGCGUGUGUACUCCAGCAAGACCGCUAUGGCCACACAGCUGCCCACUUGGCUGCAAUGUUUUGCCACAAACUGACCUACAGACUACUCAUAAAAGAGAUGGACCAGCAGAACUUGUUAAGUCGUGCGAGUAAGACUCACCGGCAAGUCGCACAAGAUUUUAAGGCAUACCUGAAGCUUUACAACAAGGUGAAAGUGGUUGAUCCUCAAAAAUCCCUCAGGUUCAACGACACAAAUGUGGCAAUCAGAGAGCUGCUCAAGGAGGAUAACUUCUGCAACAAGUUAAAAAAGCUGAAGAAAUAUAUUGUCGACUUCAGCCAAGGAGAGGCAAAGGAAGUGAAGGAAGCCGUGGUGAAAGAGGUGGGCGCCUUGGUAUCUCAUGUGGCCGACCAAAAUAGCCUCUAUGAUGGUCGACUCGUCCUGGUUGGCAGUUCAGCAGAUAACAGCCGCCUUUAUGCUCCGGACGAGUUCGACAUGAACCUAGUGGUGUCAGGGAUCGAGGGUGUCGAGAUGAGGAUAGAGGAGCUGGCCUCUCACGAGGUGCUUCUUCAGGGUCACCCUCUUAGGGCACGAGUGAGAGCGGAUCAUUCGGGGCUCCAGGGCAUCGCCUUCAAGAACAACUUUUACCAUCUGAUGAAGAGCUGCCUGAUGACGCGCCGCACCUGUGACUCUAGACUUAGCUACGUGCCCCCAGGACUGGAGAGAACCCAGGUAGGGGUGGCACUGAGCUUUGCGUGGCAAGGGGAGACGUAUCCGCUACUACUGGUUAGUGUUGAUGUAGUCCCGGUGCUUGGCGUCCCCUGGCCGACCUGGUUGGAGCGGCCGCCCCCUCGCUCCAGACUCCCUGUCGGAGGUUUUCCUCACCAACACGGCGGAGGAUGAAUGGCGCCUCAGCCUGGCGGGUGCCGAGGCCGAGGUGUUGAGUGCCCUAGCCUGGGAGGACCGAGCGGUGUACAUGUCCUGUAAGAUGGUUCUUUCCUACCUGAAGGCGGAGCGAUGGAUGCCCAAGCCCGUCAAAGACUCUCUGUGCUGGUGGGACUCCCGUAAAUGGAGGAUCACGGUGCCCGCCGUGUUUGGCGUCAAGAACUGCUUCUUGAGGCAACUGGAAGCCAAACGGGCGGGGAAGUUUGAAUGGCCGAGGGACAGACUGGCCGCCGUUGCCACUCUCUUGAGGGGAAUGUGUACAGACUUUAAGGAUCCCACUAACGGCCAGGAGUCCCUUGUGCCCAUCAAGGUUUACGCUUACUUUGGGGGAGCGUUUGAGAAACCCAAGAUGGGCGAGGGCGCUCCGGCGAUCAUCGAAGCUUUUAAAAUGAACAAGCAGAAAAGGAGGUAUUGAGAAAGUCAUUUGUAAAUUUGCAUAGAAAAUGGUUUAUUAUGAAAUGUUUCUUAAUAAUUUCUUUCGGUUAUACUUCAUCAAUUUGCUAGGAGCAGUAUGAUAUAUGAAAAUAUGUACAUAUAGGUAUUUUCAGAGGUUUUCUAGAUCAAUGAAGAUGUAGAGUAAUGGUAUCAUCACAUAUAGUAAUGAAAGCAUUAUUAUGUAACCUUCAUAUAUACAAAAUAUUGUUUAUAUCCAUAUUGAGGUGAUAGAAACGCUGAGUGCAUGUUGUGGAGAUACCGCUGAGAAAAGAUUACCAAAAUACUUUAUGACAGAGAGAGAGAGAGAGAGAGAGAGAGAGAGAGAGAGAGAGAGAGAGAGAGAGAGAGAGAGAGAGAGAGAGAGAGAGAGAGAGAGAGAGAGAGAGAGAGAUUUCUGAAGGAUAGAAUUAAUUACUGUAAUCUAAUAAUGAAGAAUAGCAGUCGCUUGCCGGUCAGCCUGCUUCAUAAAGCGAUAGCUGACAAAGUACUGCUUGCUACGGUGAUCUGUAUUGAAUAAUCUUUGAUAGAAAAUCAUAUAAUUUAACUUUUGAUUUUCUGUCAUUUCAUCGUACGUUUGUCUCGAAGGAAUCAAAUCUUAUCUGUUUUAAAAUUUGAAAAUGUAUUAAAACGAAGACUUUG